CUCGUCGUCAUGGCGGUCGUUCGGAAGCCGGUGCUGCUCGGGCUUCGAGAUACCGCAGUGCACGGCUGCCCCACGGGGCUGGGCGCCUGGACCGCGAGCAAGCUGGGCGGCGUUCCGGACGCCCUGCCCGCCGUGGCAGCGCCGAGGCCAGUGUGUGAACUUUGCAGGCAGCCGCUUGCCCUGGUCGUGCAGGUGUACUGCCCGCUGGAAGGCUCCCCGUUUCAUCGGCUCCUGCACGUGUUCGCUUGCCCCCGCCCGGGGUGCGCUAGCUGCAGGGCGCGCAGUUGGAAGGUGUUCCGCUCCCAGUGCCUGCAAAUACGAGAGAAAGAGACGCAGGACGCUCAGAAACAGGAAAAUGGCCUCACAGCUGAGGAUUGGUGUGAAGGUGCAGAUGACUGGGGAAGUGACAGUGACGAGGCGCCUCCACCACAGGUUAUCUCAGAUUUUGGAAAUGAUUCCAGCAGUGCCAAAGACAGAGACUGGACUGCCCAGCUCCAAGACCUCCGCCUGCAGCAUACUGUCCCGGGUGCUGCUCCUGCUGUGCCUCCUGGGGAAGGGGUGGCCUUGCCUUCUGUGGUGCCGCAGUUCCUGCCCUACUACAUCUGUGUGGUUGAUGAGGAUGACUACAGGGACUUUGUCAGUCUAGAUCAUGCUCAGAGCCUUCUGAGGGAGUAUCAGCAGAGAGAGGGAACUGAUAUGGAACAGUUGCUUUCCCACAGUCUUUCUAGUGAUGGUGAUGAAAAAUAUGAGAAGACCAUAAUUAAAAGUGGAGAUAAGAUGUUUUACAAAUUCAUGAAGAGAAUUGCUGCUUGUCAGGAGCAGAUUUUGAGGUAUUCCUGGAGUGGAGAACCACUUUUCUUGACCUGCCCUACAUCAGAAGUCACUGAGCUCCCAGCCUGCAGUCACUGUGGAAUCCGAAGGAUAUUUGAGUUUCAGCUUAUGCCAGCGCUGGUCAGCAUGCUCAGAAGUGCUAAUUUAGGUCUUUCUGUGGAAUUUGGAACCAUUCUAAUUUACACAUGUGAGAAGAGUUGCUGGCCUCAAAAUCAUCAGACUCCCAUGGAAGAAUUUUGUGUUAUCCAAGAGGACCCAGAUGAAUUAUUAUUUAAGUAGUGCAUUUCCUUUUGUGUUUUUUUGUUUGUUUGUUUGUUUUUAUUUAUUUUUGGCUGCGUUGGGUCUUUGUUGCUGCACGUGGGCUUUCUCUAGUUGCGGAGAGCGGGGGCUACUCUUCAUUGUAGUGCGUGGGCUUCUCAUUGCGGUGGCAUCUUUUGUUUCGGAGCACGGGCUCUAGAGCACAGGCUCAGUAGUUGUGGCCCAUGUGCUUAGUUGCUCUGCGGCAUGUGGGAUCUUCCUGGACCAGGGCGGAUUCUUAACCACUGUGCCACCUGGGAAGCCCUUUCCUUUUGUUUAUAUCAAUUAAAGCAAAUUUUAAUGUUUAAA